AUGGCUGGGGGCAGGAAGGGACUGGUGGCCCCGCAAAACACAUUUCUGGAGAACAUUGUCCGGCGGUCCAAUGACACCAACUUUGUGCUGGGGAACGCCCAGAUAGUGGGCUGGCCUAUCGUGUACAGCAAUGACGGGUUCUGCAAGCUGUCUGGCUAUCACAGGGCGGAAGUGAUGCAAAAAAGCAGCACCUGCAGUUUUAUGUACGGGGAGCUGACCGAUAAAGAUACCAUUGAAAAAGUGCGGCAAACCUUUGAGAACUAUGAGAUGAAUUCCUUUGAAAUUCUGAUGUACAAGAAGAACAGGACACCUGUGUGGUUCUUUGUGAAAAUUGCUCCAAUUCGAAAUGAACAGGAUAAAGUGGUCUUAUUUCUUUGCACUUUCAGUGACAUAACUGCUUUCAAACAGCCGAUUGAAGAUGAUUCAUGUAAAGGCUGGGGGAAGUUUGCUCGGCUGACCAGAGCACUGACUAGCAGCAGGGGUGUCCUGCAGCAGCUGGCUCCCAGCGUGCAGAAGGGCGAGAACGUCCACAAGCACUCCCGUCUGGCCGAGGUUCUGCAGCUGGGCUCAGACAUCCUUCCCCAGUACAAGCAAGAGGCACCAAAGACCCCCCCGCACAUCAUCUUACAUUACUGUGUUUUUAAGACCACAUGGGAUUGGAUCAUCUUGAUCUUAACCUUCUACACAGCCAUCCUGGUUCCUUACAAUGUCUCCUUUAAAACCAGGCAGAACAACGUGGCCUGGCUGGUUGUGGAUAGCAUCGUGGAUGUCAUUUUUCUGGUGGACAUUGUGCUGAAUUUUCACACCACUUUUGUUGGACCCGCUGGGGAGGUGAUUUCUGACCCCAAACUCAUUCGAAUGAACUACCUGAAGACGUGGUUUGUGAUUGACCUUCUGUCCUGCUUGCCCUAUGACGUCAUCAACGCUUUUGAGAACGUGGAUGAGGGCAUCAGCAGCCUGUUCAGCUCUCUGAAAGUUGUCAGGCUGCUCCGUCUGGGACGAGUGGCCCGGAAGCUGGACCACUACAUUGAGUAUGGAGCCGCCGUGCUGGUCCUGCUGGUGUGUGUGUUCGGGCUGGCCGCCCACUGGAUGGCCUGCAUUUGGUAUAGCAUCGGGGACUAUGAGAUCUUCGACGAGGACACCAAGACCAUCCGCAACAACAGCUGGCUCUACCAGCUGGCCAUGGACAUUGGUACCCCUUACCAGUUUAACGGGUCCGGCUCAGGGAAGUGGGAAGGGGGUCCCAGCAAGAAUUCCGUCUACAUCUCCUCGUUGUAUUUCACCAUGACCAGCCUCACCAGCGUGGGCUUUGGGAACAUCGCCCCGUCCACAGACAUCGAGAAGAUCUUUGCCGUGGCCAUCAUGAUGAUUGGCUCCCUCCUCUAUGCCACCAUCUUUGGGAACGUGACGACCAUUUUCCAACAGAUGUACGCCAACACCAACAGGUACCAUGAGAUGCUCAACAGUGUCCGGGACUUUCUGAAGCUCUACCAGGUCCCCAAGGGACUGAGUGAGCGCGUCAUGGAUUACAUCGUGUCCACCUGGUCCAUGUCCAGAGGCAUCGACACGGAGAAGGUCCUGCAGAUCUGCCCCAAGGACAUGAGAGCGGACAUCUGCGUACACCUGAACCGAAAGGUGUUCAAAGAGCACCCGGCCUUCCGGCUGGCCAGCGACGGCUGCCUGCGGGCGCUGGCCAUGGAGUUCCAGACGGUGCACUGCGCCCCCGGGGACCUCAUCUACCACGCGGGGGAGAGUGUCGACAGCCUGUGCUUCGUGGUCUCGGGCUCCCUGGAGGUGAUCCAGGAUGACGAGGUGGUGGCCAUUCUAGGGAAAGGAGAUGUCUUUGGAGACGUGUUCUGGAAGGAAGCCACCCUGGCCCAGUCCUGUGCUAACGUGAGGGCCUUGACCUACUGUGACCUGCAUGUGAUCAAGCGGGACGCCCUGCAGAAAGUGCUGGAAUUCUACACGGCCUUCUCCCACUCCUUCUCCCGGAACCUCAUUCUCACCUACAACUUGAGGAAGCGGAUCGUGUUCCGGAAGAUCAGUGACGUGAAACGGGAGGAGGAGGAGCGCAUGAAGCGGAAGAAUGAGGCCCCCCUGAUCUUGCCGCCUGACCACCCCGUCCGCCGGCUCUUCCAGAGGUUCCGCCAGCAGAAGGAGGCCAGGCUGGCCGCGGAGAGGGGCGGCCGGGACUUGGACGACCUGGACGUGGAGAAGGGCAGCGUCCUCACCGAGCACAGCCACCACGGCCUGGCGAAGGCCAGCGUCGUCACCGUCCGAGAGAGCCCCGCCACGCCCGUGGCCUUCCCGGCCGCCGCCGCCGCCCCCAUGGGGCUGGACCGCGCCCGGCUGCAGGCACCCGGGGCCGAGAGUCUGGGCCCCAAGGCCGGCGGGGCCGACUGCGCCAAGCGCAAGGGCUGGGCCCGCUUCAAGGAUGCCUGUGGGAAGGCCGAGGACUGGGGCAAGGUGUCCAAGGCGGAGUCCAUGGAGACGCUCCCGGAGAGGACGAAGGCCGCCGGCGAGGCCACGCUCAAGAAGACGGACUCGUGCGACAGCGGCAUCACCAAGAGCGACCUGCGUCUGGACAACGCGGGUGAGGCCAGAAGCCCCCAGGACCGGAGCCCCAUCUUGGCGGAGGUCAAGCACUCCUUCUACCCCAUUCCUGAGCAGACGCUGCAGGCCACCGUCCUGGAGGUGAAGCAUGAACUCAAGGAGGACAUCAAGGCCUUGAACACCAAGAUGACGAACAUUGAGAAACAGCUCGCUGAGAUACUCAGGAUAUUAACUUCCAGAAGAUCCUCUCAGUCGCCUCAGGAGCUGUUUGAAAUAUCGAGGCCCCAGUCCCCAGAGUCAGAGAGAGACAUUUUUGGCGCGAGCUGA